UCCACACACAACUUCACUUCUAAUUUUCAACCCAAGCGGUAGGUAGCUAUUUAAGAAUCGCCACUUAUCACUCGAUGAGACAGCCGCAAACGUUUAUUCUCAUUUUAAAUUAAGAACUAACACCCGCGUGAAUAAAAUUAAAAUCAUCACAAUGGGUUUAAUUAAUACUCAGUUUACUGUAUUCGCAUUGAUUUUACCUUUUCUUUUGAAUGUAUGCUACACCUCCGCAAAAAAACACCAUCACUCCGACUCAGGUGAUAUAAUGGAGCCCAUGAUGAUGUCACGUUCAUCAGAGCCGAUGCAACCGUUAAAUAAGUCAUCUAUGAGUGCAAUGAUGGGCGAUGGAGUUUACCCAAGUCGCGGAUUCAUACGUAAAUGCCACAAUACGCUAACUCGCAAUCGAGUUAACCAAAAUCCCGAAAGUGAAGAGUGCUUGCUAUUUUGUGGCUAUAUGGAUAUCGGAAUGUUGAAUCAUAAUGCGGAUGUGCUAAAGUCGUACCUGACGUAUAGAAUACCUGAACGAAAUUAUAAAAGAUCCAUGGAUAGCAUUGGCAGAUGUUUACAGAAAAAAGGAGCAAGCCGAAUGGUUUGUACCAAAGCGACGAAAAAUGCAUGGUGCGUUUGUCAGCAUGUUGCCAAGUGCGAAAUCGUAUGGGAAUUGGAGGAUGUCGUGUGAUCACUGGAUUCUUAAUGUAUGCAGUAGGUGUAAUUGUUUGAUGGCCUGAAACGCGAAUUUCAAUACGUAUUACAGUCGUUGUAUGAUAGCACUGAAAUUAUUUCAAAUUUUAAUAAAAAUGUGCACACGUA